ACAUUAGUAUCUUAGCACCUUGCUAAACCCUGAAGCUUAGAGAACUCGAAGCGCCAUAAAUUUAAUGGCUAGCCCGACGAAGCUCGACAUGGCCGGCCAUGGCGACGAGGUGACGAGGAACAAGAAGGUGGUGCUGAGGAGGUACGUGACAGGCUACCCGACGGCGGAGGACAUGGAGGUGGUCGUCACCUCCGACGUCCGGCUGCGGGUGCCGGAGGGGUCGGCGGCCGCCGUGGUGGUCAAGAACCUGUACCUGUCCUGCGACCCGUGGAUGCGCGGCCGCAUGACCAAGCAUGACGACGGCGACGCCGUGCCGGCCGAGGACUUCGUGCUUGGAGAGGCCUUGGUCAAUUUCACCGUCGGCGAGGUGGUCGACUCGACGCACCCGGAGUUCGACGCCGGUGACCUCGUAUGGGGCAUGAGUGCAUGGGAGGAGUACACCCUCAUCACCCAAACGGAGGGCCUGUUCAAGAUCAACCACCCCGAGCUGCCACUCUCACACUACACAGGUGUUCUUGGCUUGGCAGGGCUCACUGCAUAUGCUGGACUUUUCGAGGUUGGCAAGCCAAAGCAAGGUGAAACUGUUUUUGUGUCGGCAGCAUCUGGCGCCGUCGGUCAGGUUGUCGGACAGCUCGCCAAGAUCGCAGGAUGCUAUGUGGUUGGAAGUGCCGGCUCCGAUGAGAAGGUGAGUCUCCUGAAGAGCAAGAUGGGCUUCGACGACGCGUUCAACUACAAGUCGGAGGGGGACAACCUCGGCGCGGCGCUCGGGCGGCGCCUCCCGGACGGCAUCGACGUCUACUUCGACAACGUGGGUGGUGCGACGCUGGACGCGGCAUUGCUGCGGAUGCGGCCGGGCGGCAGGGUGGUGGCGUGCGGGAUGAUCUCACAGUACAAUCUGUCGGAGCACCAGGGGGUGCGCAACCUGUGGUGCAUCAUCCCAAAGCGCGUCCGGGUGGAGGGCUUCUCCUGCAUGGACUACCACCACCUGUACCCCAGGUUCGAGGAGGAGAUGGCCGCCUAUAUCAACGCAGGGAAGGUGACCGUCGUGGAGGACGUCGUCCGAGGGAUUGAGAAGGCGCCUGAGGCUCUGGUGGGCCUGUUUUCUGGGAGAAAUGUGGGCAAGCUGUUGGUUGCCCUUGCAUGAGUCGUGAGUGCAAGUCCAUGGAAUGAUGACUUCUUUCUGUGUUUUAUUGAAUAAGAUUGUACCUGUGGGCUUAUAAUUAUGAUCAUGUAAUUGUAAGCUACAAAAAUUA